UCAUCAAACACCAUGAAGAAACGCAAUCUCCAAAGCUCCAAGGUCCAAUCGCCAAACCCCGUUCAGUUCAGCUCCAAGACGCCGGAGAAACUGUCGCAACGGAACCGCACCUGCGGCGUCGCGCUCUCCGUCGCAGAUAUAAAAGAAGUAGGCAAGGGUUUGCAGAAUCGGAAGCGACAUUGUGAAACGACGUCGUCACCGCCGCCAAGCAAGAGUGUGAGGAGGCAGAUCUUACAGUGGUCUUCUCCGAGUAAAUCCAAGAGUACUAACGAUGAUCCCUACAAGCUUCCCGAAAAAUAUGAAAUUUUGGAUCAGUUCUUUGAUCGCUUGGACACUUUAAUUUCAAUGUUUCGUCUGAAAGGGAAGACGCCGUCUUUUAUGGAAAUCAGUCAUAGAAUUGAAUCUUUAACAGACAGGUACCGAUCGAUUAGGUUUACUCACGGCCAUCUAGCGCAGUUGAAAUUUAUAUUGCCUGAUGCUAUUGUUCUGAAGAAGUUUCUAGUGCAUGAUGAACGGACCAGUUGUAUGAAGCAGGAUAUUCACAUUUCUUUAGCUCCUGAGGCGGUAGAGUCUGAUGUGAAGAUGCCUCCUCAACGUGGGAGAGUGUCAUUGAGGAAGUUGUUUUACGCACGACUUAGAGAAUUUUGGGAAUCUCAUCCUGAGGGUGAUGAAAUUCCAGAAGGAACUUUACCGGAGCCAUUCAAUCGCCCAAAGAAUGUCAAUAUUUUAGACACGUCGGAAACUCGUCUCCCAACAAAAUUAUCACUCUGCAUGCGCUAUAAUGACAUUGUCAAUAAUGUAGAGUCUGCUAGCAUAGAUGCAAAUAUGUCUGCACCUGUAGAGACAUCAAUUGAAUUGCCUAAUGAGCGUCUGGCAGCAGCUUCUCACAUUGCCCCAUUCUUUAGAGCAAGAUUUUCUUUGAAACUUCAACAAAAUUUAGCAGAUACUGUACAGCAAAUUUCUCAAGUAGAUUCAGUACAACCCUCCCCAGCUGAGUGGGCUUCACAAGCAGCUAGCAGUGAAAAUUAUUCAAGAAUAUGUGCCUCUCUGGAAUCAUCCAGUGCUCCAGCUCCCACUUCUACUCCAAGCAAAACCGUCGACUACACAGAAAACGAAGAUGCUUCUUCUCUCGAGAGGAUUGAUGCCAUGUCAACUCCCGCUAAACUUGUUUCUACUCCAAUUAGGUUGAUGAGUGCCACACCUGCCUUGCGUUCACCCGAAAGAUAUCUUAUGAGUCCUGAUGACCACCCAACCAAUUCUUUGAACAAGUUAGCUAGGCGGCCAACUCGCUCAAGAUCAUUGAGAUUUGACAGCCCAGUGAAGAAUGAGGAGGUUGUGAAUGAAGACAAUGCCGGUGGAUUACCAAUUGAUGAUGAUGUUUUUGACAUCCUCCCAGGAAAACUUGUCCAAUCGGUAUGCCUUUUCUUUUAACAAUGUGCUACUUUUAUUUAUUUGUUUAUUUGGUAUUAUUGGAUCCUAUGGUUUUAAAUUUCUUAUUGAAGAGUGUCUAUUAAGUCAGUUUAUCAGAUGUCAAAGAAUUUUUUUUUAAUUCAAUUAAAGUGUUGUACAUGGAAGCAUGAUGAUUAUAGAAAAAUGUGGGUGUCAAAAUGAAAGAAAAUUGAGAGAAUGUUUCAAAAUUUAAAUUUAA